UACUCUUUCACAGGCUCUUCUUUUGUCUUGUGUUAUCCAGCAAAAUUUCCAUUUCCAAACCAUGGCUGUUGCUCUACUUUCUGCUAUCUUGGAGCGGCUUGGUUCUUUAGCUUCUUCAGAGUUCAAGUUGACUGUAACUGUUAAGGAAGAAGUCCAAAAGCUUGCAAGCAAAUUCCGUACCAUUCAGGCAGUGCUCAAUGAUGCUGAGAAGAGGCAGCUGAAGGAGGAAGCUGUGAAGCUUUGGUUUGAGAAGCUCGAAGGCGUAUCGUACGAGAUCGACGACGUGUUGGAUGAGUGGGACACUGUCAUGAUCAAAGCAGAGAUUGAGAAACAACAAAAAGAAUUCGAAGAAGAAGAAAAAGCUGAAACUAGUACUGCUAAGAAGAGGAACGUAUGGCACUUUACCCCCAACUUCAAUUCCUCAGUUCCUGAUCUUUUUCAGCAUCGUGAUAUUGCUCAUCAGAUAAAAGACCUUAACGAAAAAUUACAUGAGAUUAUCAAAGAGAAGCAGAUGUUCGAGUUUAAAGUGAGUAGGCCCAUUGAAGAUGUAUUUGAGAGACCAAAAACUACUUCUUAUGUUGAUGUGUCUGAAAUUCUUGGUCGUGGUAAGGUUAAGAAUGAUCUAGUGAGCAUUCUAUUGGGUAAGGGUACUGAAAAAGAAAAAUACCUCCAUGUCAUCUCUUUGGUGGGCAUGGGCGGUAUUGGAAAAACUACUCUUGCCCAAUUAGCCUACAAUGAUAAGGAGGUGCAAGCCCAUUUUGAGAUAAAAGUGUGGGUUUGUGUUUCGGAUCCUUUCGAUCAGUGCAAGGUUGGCAAAGAAAUCCUUGAAUGUGUUGAACGUCAAUCCCCCAACUUGACUGCAUUGCAAAGUCUAUUGGAUAGAAUUUGUGAUAAAGUUCGGGGAAAGAAGUUUUUUCUUGUAUUUGAUGAUGUGUGGACCGAAGACUAUGCAAUUUGGAAGCCAUUUAGAGAUGCACUUAAAAGUUGUGGUUCCAAAAGUAGUAGAAUUCUGGUCACCACACGUAAAUACCAAGUUGCAAAGAUGAUGGAAAGUGCAAAUACGAUCAAGUUGAACGAAUUGUCUGAGGAAGAUUGUUGGUUGGUGUUUAGUAAAAUAGCAUUUUUUGAUAGAGAUCCUCAGGAAUGUGAGCAACUAGAAGACUUUGGCAGACAAAUAUCAAAGAAGUGCAAAGGUUUGCCCCUUGCUGCAAAGACUCUAGGGAGUCUCAUGCGCUUUAAGAAAAGUAGAGAAGAAUGGAGGUAUGUUUUGAAUAACAAUUUGUGGGAAUUUGAAGAUGUUGAAAGAGGUCUUUUUGCACCAUUGUUAAUGAGUUAUUUUGAUUUGUCGUCACCACUGAAACGGUGUUUCUCAUAUUGUGCUGUCUUUCCAAAAGAUCAUGUCUUUGAUGUUGAUGAGUUGGUAUAUAUGUGGACAGCACACGGAUUUGUUGAGUCAAAGGGAAAUAUGGAGGUGGAAAUCAAGGCAAGAGAAUACUUUGAAAAUUUAGUCAUACGCUCUUUCUUCCUUGAAUGCAAGGAAGAUAAAUGGUUUGACGAGCAUGCCUUGAGCAACAUGAGCACGAGGUACAAAAUGCAUGAUAUAGUGCAUGACUUUGCACAAUCAAUUACUAAAGCUUGCCAUUUGGGAUAUUCAACAGCAUCCCAAUUUCCUCCAUCUGCUGAUAUAUCCAAAAAUCUACGCACUGUCAUCUUUUUUAAUCAAUGUGAUUAUAACAUGUCUAAUUUAGUCCAGAAUUUUAGCCUCUUACGGGUAUUAACUUUAACCAGUGGAAUGGAAAUUCCGGAUACAAUAGGAAAUUUAAUACAUCUAAGGUAUCUCAAUUUGAUUUGGUGCAAAAAGAUUUUUUCUUCUGACAAAUACCCAUUUAAAUGGGUAUUGCCUGAAACUAUAUGUAAUCUAUGCAAUUUACAAUUUUUGAGGCUUGAUUGUAAUAAUAUUUCCAUAUUACCGCAGAAGAUAGGUAAAUUAAUUAACUUAAGACUUCUUACUGGAGGUUACUUAGUGAUUCCAAGAGAGAUUGGAAGAUUGACUUCUCUUAGAACAUUAGAUAGGGUCCUCAUUAGUGAUAAGGAUAGCGAAAGAUGUGAAUUUGAAGGAUUAAAAAAUUUGAAGCACCUUCGCGAUUUGUCUCUUCUAUGUUUUGGUUCAACGAUUUUUCCACAGCCUGAUAGAAGAACAAUUGAGAGUAAUUUAUUAAUUUUUAAUGCGUUAGAGCCCCCUCAAGAAUUGGAGAAGUUACGCAUUAGUAAUUACGGGGGCACCACAAUGUCUCCUAUUUGGUUGGCGUCUUUAACCAAUUUGAAAGAGCUUCAUCUCGAUGACGCCGUGGAGUUAAUGAGUUUGCCUCCUUUGGGGAAUAUUCUUCCGUGCCUCGAAUCAUUAACUAUAACGCGUGCGUGGUGGUUGAAAAAAGUGGGAGUUGAAUUUUUGGGAAUAGAAUCUGAAAACAAGAAAGAAGACAUAAAAAUAUUCCCAAAUUUGAAAUAUCUCGAAUUCAAGAGUUUGUGGGUGUGGGAAGAAUGGAUUGGAGGAACGAGAGAAGGGGGACAGGAAGACGAAGACUGUAUUACUAUAAUGCCACGUCUUCAAAAGUUGAAAAUUCUAUACUGCACAAAGUUAAAGUCGUUGCCGGAUUUCCUGCGUACAACUCCAUUGAAGGAAUUGGAGAUCAAAGGCUGUCCAAUUAUCAUGAAAUGUUGCCGAACAGAGACAGGAGAGUACUGGCACAACAUUUCUCACAUCCCAAUCAUCAAAUUACUUGAUGAUCCUGAGGAUAUGACGAGGGGAUGUGCCGAGGAUGAGGAAGAUGCUAGUGAUUUUGAGCCAGAGGAGAACGGCAGCGAGGAGGAAGAAAUCGAUGAGGAGGAUGAAGACAAAGAUGGUGGGGAAGGUUGAUGUUCCGGCAAAGAGGAAGAGGUCAGAUAAAGAUGAUUCGGAUGACGAUGAUGAUGGUGGAGAGGAUGACGAGAGACCUUCCAAGUGAUAGGGGAAAUAAACAGUGACCUUCCAUCAUUUUAUCAAAUUCUGGCAAAACUCACAACGACACUGUCAGCAAUGGCUUUCUUAAGUGCAUGUUGAUGAAAUCUUGAAAUCUGCGUGUGAGCAAGUCUGAACCAAUAAAUGCCAACAGAUCCCGACGACAGAGAAAGAAUGUUCAGCGACAACUUGGGGAUGCAAGCAAGGAUUUUGAACUUCCGUGGAAAUGAAGCUAAUUAAGCUGGGCACAGCCUGUAGUUGAAGUUAUAAGCAUGGAGAAUGGUGUUGUGCGCUACGUUGUGGUGUUCCACAGUGAUGAUGAUCUGAACGAUUGGCCUCCAAUUUCAUCUGUUGUAGCUUUAAUGUCCUCUGUUUUCUCAUCAUCAUCGGGCAUGCAUUCAAGUUCAAUUGCCUAUAUUCCUUUCCUGACUUCGUGGCUUCAGCCUUCCUGCAAGUUAGCAACUUAUUUUCCAAGUACAUGAACCAAAUAAACUUUGGGUUCUGGUAGACUGGUACUGCAUAUCUCAUCUUGACAGUCUAAGCCUAUUGGAGAAGAGCUGUCUAUACUGUUGAAAAUUGUUAGGCAAGGAUGCACCUCAAAAUAAAAUGCACUGAACCUCUUUCAUCAACAGGUUCAUCUUGGUUUGCCAUCCAAACAACUGUGGGAGUUGAGGACUUGUUUAACCAUAUGGCAAAGCAGAAGGCAUUAUCUCCAACAGGGAAGCCCCGGCAGCGAAUUCACCAUUUGCUGAAACCAAUUUGUCAGUUGGUUUCUCAACUGAUAGGGAUGUUCCUCUUAAGAGUGUCUGGUGUAUUAGAUGAAGAUGAAGGAAGAAUUUGUAGCAGACAUAGAUCAAGGAAGAAAAUUGAGAAAUCCAUAAGGAAUGCGAGAGAGGCUUAAAUGUUUCUAAGCAUGGGAGAGUGCAAAGUAUGAGAAGCGAUUACCAUUAGAUAUGUAGAUGUUACAAAUGCUUUGGCUUCAUUUCUUGGAUUAAUUUAGUGAUGCUUGUAUAAUCCCUGAAUCCCACCCACCAGACCCUGAGGACAGAGAAGGGAUGUUCAGCAACAACUUGGGGAUGCGAGCAAGGAUUUUGAACUGCCUUGGAAAUGAAGCUAAUUAAGCUAGGCACAGCCUGUGGUUGAAGUUAUAAGCAUGGGGAAUGGUGUUGUGUUCUCCAGCGUGGUGUUCCACAGUGAUGAUGAUCUGAAUGAUUGACCUCCAAUUUCAUCUGUUUUUGCUUUAAUGUCCUCUGUUUUCUCCUCAUCAUCAGGCUUACAUUCAAGAAAAGCAUAAUAGAAGAGUAGUUUAGAAGGGAGCUCUAUCCCAGCCAUAGGAAUCAAUCCACACUUUACUAGGGAACUUUGAGGACAGAAAAGUUCAGCAAGCAAUUGGAGAUGCAAGCAAGGAAUCUGAACUGCCUAGGAGUUCAAUUUCCUAUACUAUUUGCUGAGUUCAUGGCUUCAGCCUUCCCGCACAAUCAGUAACUUAUUUUCAAAGUACAUGAAUGAAAUAAACUCUGGGUUCUGGUAGUCUGGCACUGCAUAUCUCAACUCGACAUUACCUAUUGGAGAAGAGUUGUCUAUACUGGUGAAAUUGUUAGGCGAGGAUGCACCUCAAAUGGCCAUGUCUUACAUUCUGACGCAAGUUGCUAUUGAGAAAGAUCCAGAAGCAGAAUGGCAAAGGUCAUUAUGGUGAACAACAAAGCUCCCUUUCUCUCCUCCCUGAAGCUUUGUCCUUUUCUCGAAGCUCUAUACUCAAUUCAUAGAUACAAAAAUGGUUAUAGACGAGGCUCUACUCAACGUCAUGGAUGUCAAGAAGAAACAAUGUCAAGUGAUUCUUCUGAUAAAUUUCAUUUUUCUGAUCAUUAAUAAUCAAAGAUAAAAUAUUGCAGCUGAAAGAUGCGCCGGAGUCUUAAUAUCUUGAAUCAGCCAGUUUGCUAUAAGUCAAGUCAACAAGGUGGCUUUAGAAGCAAGUUGUUUAUAUAUUUAUGUUGUUCAUGUGUGUUGUGCUUUUGUGCGGAGCUGUAAUUAAAAAAUUCAAGCCUAAAUGGCUAGGGCAGCUAAUAUUCAAGUGCUUUUGGUCCUGUUAGCUUGGUUUAUGAAAGAUUGGUGCCCUGAAGUUUGAUUUGUAAUUGUGAUAAUCCUUUUCACAUUUGUGGAGUUAAUGAGAAGAUUCAAUUGUAUUCUAGAGCUAGAUGCAAUAAAAAGCUCUUGAAAAGUAUAUGUUCAGGUU